AGAAGAUUCCUUGUUCUCAUUUUUGUAGCCUUUACCUCCUGGUAGGGAUAAGUGAGAUUUUAUUUCCAAAACGUAGCGGGAAAGUGUUUCCCGUAAUGUUUAAUGUUGUUGACAACUUAAGUGCUUUGGGUAGUUAUUGUUGGGGUAGUCUAGUUUAUCGUUUUCUGUUACAUAGUUUGUGCAAAGCUUCAAAAGGCUUGAAGAAAGGCAAAGGUAUUUCAAACGUUUACGUCAACGGUUGUGUGUACAUGCUGCAGGUAUGGUUUUUUGAGCUGUUUGUUCCACCAAAAGGUCCUAUUGAUAAAUUUCCACGAAUAUUGCAUUGGAUGAAUAUAAGUGUUGGAGACAAGUUCGUUAAACGGUGUAUGGAGACAGGUUUGGUUGUUGACGAUGUUUAUGGUGGUCCUUCAACGAAGGAUAAGGAGGAAAACAGACCAACACCUAAAAGAAAGGAUGCUAAAGCAAGAGGAAAGAAGGAACAAAAAAGAAUUCGCAGAGAAACUUUUAUGCGUGCCUUAGAUGAACAAGAAUUUCUAAUUGAAGAACUUAAAAGGAGGGUUGCAACUUUGGAGGCACAAUUGGCUGAAGAGAAGGCAAGAAGGCAAAAUAAAGAUGACGUUGGACAAAGUGUGCCUCGUACAGAACCAUCUGUGAACACUGGUUUUGUAUCCCCUACUGACAUUGACAGAAAUGAACAACCUUUGAAGACGUGUUCCAGUGGUGGGAUAGGGUGCAUGGUGAUGUGA